AUGAGAACAAUUGAGACACCCAAUAAGGGGCACACAAUGAGAACAAUUGAGACACCUUAUAAGGGGCACACAAGAAGACUAAAUGAGACACUCAAUAAGAGACACAAAAGAAGAGAGAAUGAGACACUCAAUAGGAGACACACAAGGAGACCAAAUGAGACACUCAAUAAGAGACACACAAGGAGAGAGAAUGAGACACUCAAUAAGAGGCACACAAGGAGACAGAAUAAGACACUCAAUAGGAGACACACAAGGCGACCUAUGAGAAACUCAAUAAGAGGCACACAAGGAGACAAAAUGAGACACUCAAAAAGAAGCACACAUGAGGACAAAAUGAGACACUCAAUAAGAGGCACACAAGGAGACCGAAUGAGACACUCAAUAAGAGACACACAAGGAGACCGUAUGAGACACUCAAUAAGAGACACACAAGGAGACCGAAUGAAACACUCAAAAAGGAGACACGAAAGUAGACCAAAUGAGACACUCAAUAAGAGACACACAAGUAGACCUAGUGAGAAACUCAAUAAGAGGCACACAAGGAGACAAAAUGAGACACUCAAUAAGAGACACACAAGUAGACCUAGUGAGACACUCAAUAGGAGACACACAAGGAGACCAAAUGAUACACCCAAUAGGAGACACACAAGGAGACCAAAUGAGACACCUUAUUAG